CAAAGCCACUGCUGGGGGACUUGGGGGGACCUUCUGCCGCACGUCCCUGCCAUCGCUGGGGUUUCUGUUUUAUUUUCCUGGAGGGGGAAAGGGGGGGGAAACCCAAACCAACAUGGUCUCCCCAUGUCCUCUGUUCCCCUCUUCCCUCUUCCCCCUUCUGUCACCUCAGUAGGAAUCGGCUUUUUCUUGCCCUGCCCAGAGCUUUGUUCUCCUCAGACUCAGACAAGACUCCAGGAAGGAAGCCAGGAUGGAUUACAGCUCCCUCAGCGGGGUCCCCCGGUUCCUGACCCGGCCCAAGGCAUUCAUGGUGUCCGUGGGGAAGGAUGCCACCCUGAGCUGCCAGAUCAUCGGAAACCCCAUCCCGGUUGUGAGCUGGGAGAAGGACAAACUGCCAGUCCAGUCUGGGGGGAGGUUUAAAACCACGGAGGACGGGGAUCUCUAUCGGCUCACGAUCUACGACCUGAGCCUGGAGGACAGUGGCCAGUACAUCUGCCGGGCCAAGAACACCAUCGGGGAGGCCUUUGCCGCCGUCAGCAUCAAGGUGGGGGAGGAGACCACGGUGACAGAGCAGGCCCCUUACUUCAUCCAGAGACCCUCCAACAUCAAGGUAACCCUGGGAGAAGAUGCCAUGUUCAAGUGCAAGGUCCAGGGCAGCCCUCCCCUCUCGGUGAACUGGGAGAAGGACGGGAGGCACCUGCGGAACCAGGCGGACGCCGGGCGCUUCCAGAUCGAGUCCGCCGGGGAGUCCAACGCUCUGACCAUCCAGUGUGCCCGGCUGGGGGACAGUGGCACCUACACCUGCCGGGCGGAGAACCUCAUCGGCUCCGCCAGCGCCUCGGCCGCGCUGGUGGUGGAGACCCACGGCUCCUCCAACCCGGGCAGCAGCGCCAACUUCGACUCCAGCUGCGGGAAGACGGCGUCCUUGCUGUCCCACUUGCAGAAGAGGCGGGAGGAGAUCAGGAAGAUGGACGUCUCCCACGGCACUCUGGACUCGACCUCUGCCCAGUCUUACUCCGAAGGGUUGUCCGGCAUCGCCUACGGGCUCUCCCGGGAUUACGAGCGGGCGGCGGGGCUCUCCAAGGGGGCUCGGAACGCCACCUUCGGGGCUCUGACGCGCACGUGCAGCGUCACGGAGGGCAAGCACGCCAAGCUGAGCUGCUACGUGACGGGGGAGCCCAAGCCGGUGAUCGUGUGGAAGAAGGACAACGAGGUCAUUUCGGAGGGGCGGCGGCACGUCAUCUACGAGGACGACCAGGAGAACUUUGUGCUGAAGAUCCUCUUCUGCAAGCAGGUGGACAACGGGCUGUACACCUGCACGGCCUCCAACCUGGCGGGCCAGACCUACAGCUCCGUGCUCGUCACCGUCAAAGAACCCGCCAUACCCUUCAAGGAAAAACUGAAGGACCUCGAGGUGAGGGAGAAGGAAUCUGCCACCUUCCAGUGCGAGGUGCCCGUUCCCGGGACAGAGACCUCCUGGUUCAAGGAGGAGACCAAGCUGAGGCAGAGCAAGAAGUACAACAUCGAGGAGGAGGGCACGUACCGCCGGCUCACCGUGCAGAACGUCACCGCCGACGAUGACGCCGUUUACAUCUGUGAGAUGAAAGAAGGGAGCAGGACCAUUGCAGAGCUGUCUGUCCAAGGGAACAUAAUUAAAAAGCUUCCACGGAAGACUGCAGUGUUCAUCCAUGACACAGCCACCUUCUGCGUGGAGCUGGACAACGAUUGCCAGAACGUCCGGUGGCUCAAGAACAAGGAAGAGGUGAAGCCCAGCGACCGCAUCUCCAUCACGCGCUCUGGCAAACAGCACACCAUGACCAUCCGAGAGUGCAAGGUGGAAGAUGCUGGGGAGAUUGCCUUCCUGGCUGAUGAAAGCAGGACUUCCACCCAGUUCACUGUGACCACGCCCAAAAAACCUCCCACCCAACCCCCAGCCGACCCUGUGGUGAAAAAUAAAACAGAAACCUCAGUGACCCUGGCAUGGUCCCCUCCCAAGAUGGACCGUCCCAUUCCAGUCGACGGGUACAUCGUGGAACGCAAGAAACUCACUGGCUUCACCUGGGUGAGGUGCCACGAGUCCCACGUCCCUGUCCCAGAGCUCACCGUGAGCAACUUGGCAGAAGAGGCUGAUUAUCAGUUCAGAGUGUCUGCAGUCAACACCUAUGGACAGAGUCCCUACCUGGAAUUCCCCGGGAGCAUCCACCUUGAACCAGUGCUGGCUGUGAAAAGCCCCCUGACAACAGCUGAGGCUGUACCUGGAGGGGAUGCCCUGUUUACUGUCGACCUCACCAAGACGUGUUCCGGCACCUGGUACCUCAACGGUAAAGUCUUACAGGAAAGUGAGACCUGCAUCAUCAAGAGAACCCAAACCACUCACACCCUCACCAUAAAGAACGUCACCAAGAAGGACGAUGGAGCAGAAGUGAAAUUUGUUGCCAGUGAUGUUGAGACCAGCACCAAGAUGAGAGUGAAAGGUGCUGCAGUGAGAUUUACCAACAAGAGCAAAGAGGUAGAAAAGGUCUCUGCUCGGCUGAGGGAGGAAGCCAAACUCCAGGCUGAGCUUUCAGACACAGAGGCCACAGUGAAGUGGUUGAAAGAUGGGAAGGAGCUCAAGGCCAGUGAAAAAUAUGAGCUUCAGACUGUGGGGAAGAGGCACAUCCUGAAAAUCCGCAGCACUUGUGAAGAGGAUGCCGGAGUUUAUGAGUGCACCUGUGAAGGGGAUAAAAUGCUCUUUCAGCUUUCAGUGAAAGCACUUGCAAACUUCAUAAACAAAGAGAAGAGUGGAGGACUUGUCAAGGCCAUCACUGGAAAACAGGCUGAAUUUGUUUCUGAGACCUCCGAGGCCAAUGUCAUGGUGAAGUGGUACAAAGAUGGGAAAGAAAUCACAGCCAGCAAGAAAUUCACCCUGGAGGACAAAGGAAAGCUGCACAAGCUCGUGGCUUCGGCUGUGACAAAGGAAGAUGAAGGAACUUACACGUGCAAAAUUGGAGAUGACAGCCUUGUUUUUGAUUUAAAAGUCUCAGACGAAGCUGUUACUUUUGUCAACAAGCCCAAGACGACUCCAGAAGUAUCAGUCAGUCCUUCUGAAACCCUGGAGCUGGUGUGUGAGGUGUCAGCUGCCAGCGGAGCUGUGGUGUGGAAGAGGGAUCACACCGAGGUGAAGCAGGACCAGAGGACAACAGUGGUGUCCCAGGGGACACAACGAAAGCUCAUCGUCAAGAAGGUGACACAGCAAGACCAAGGGAGCUACACCUGCGAGGUGAAGGAUGACAGAAUAACAUUCCAAGUCAAAGUCAGAGAGCCAGAAGUUGUGUUUACAAACAAGGACAAAGUGAAGAAAGAGGUGAAAGCUGCACUAUCAGAAGAUGCCACGCUGAGCUGCGAGGUGGCCCAGGACAAGACUGAGGUGAAGUGGUACAAGGAUGGGAAGCUGAUCACCUCCAGCAAGAAGUUCAAGGUGGAGUCCGAGGGCAAAUCUCGUCGUCUGGUGGUGGGUCAGGUGGAGAAGAAGGAUGCUGGGGAGUACAGCUGCGAGGCUGCUGGCCAGAAACUCACCUUCAGGAUCCAUGUCACAGAGGCGGAAGAUGCCUUUGUCCACAAGGAGAAGGUGCAGAAAGAGGUGAAAGCUGUGCUAUCAGAAGAUGCCACGCUGAGCUGUGAGGUGGCCCAGGAGAAGACUGAGGUGAAGUGGUACAAGGAUGGGAAGCUGAUCACCUCCAGCAAGAAGUUCAAGGUGGAGUCCGAGGGCAAAUCUCGCCGUCUGGUGGUGGGUCAGGUGGAGAAGAAGGAUGCUGGGGAGUACAGCUGCGAGGCUGCUGGCCAGAAACUCACCUUCAAGAUCCAUGUUGCAGAUGACGUGUUUGAACACAGAGACAAAGUGCAAAGGGAGGUGAAGGCAGUGCUGAAGGAGGACACCACUCUGAGCUGUGAGGUGGCCCAGGAGAAGACUGAGGUGAAGUGGUACAAGGAUGGGAAGCUGAUCACCUCCAGCAAGAAGUUCAAGGUGGAGUCCGAGGGCAAAUCUCGUCGUCUGGUGGUGGGUCAGGUGGAGAAGAAGGAUGCUGGGGAGUACAGCUGUGAGGCUGCUGGCCAGAAACUCACCUUCAAGAUCCAUGUCACAGAGGCAGAAGAUGCUUUCAUCAAAAAGGACAAAGUGAAGAAAGAGGUGAAAGCUGUGCUAUCAGAAGAUGCCACACUGAGCUGCGAAGUGGCCCAGGACAAGACUGAGGUGAAGUGGUACAAGGAUGGGAAGCUGAUCACCUCCAGCAAGAAGUUCAAGGUGGAGUCCGAGGGCAAAUCUCGUCGUCUGGUGGUGGGUCAGGUGGAGAAGAAGGAUGCUGGGGAGUACAGCUGUGAGGCUGCUGGCCAGAAACUCACCUUCAAGAUUGAUGUCACAGAGCCAGAAGUUGUGUUUACAAACAAGGACAAAGUGAAGAAAGAGGUGAAAGCUGCACUCUCAGAAGAUGCCACGCUGAGCUGCGAGGUGGCCCAGGACAAGACUGAGGUGAAGUGGUACAAGGAUGGGAAGCUGAUCACCUCCAGCAAGAAGUUCAAGGUGGAGUCCGAGGGCAAAUCUCGCCGUCUGGUGGUGGGUCAGGUGGAGAAGAAGGAUGCUGGGGAGUACAGCUGCGAGGCUGCUGGCCAGAAACUCACCUUCAGGAUCGAUGUCACAGAGCCCAAACCUGCGUUUAUAAACCAGGAAAAGGUCCAGAAGGAGGUGAAGGCUGUGCUGACAGAAAGUGCCUCCCUCGUGUGCGAGGUAGCACAGGAUGCAACCGAAGUGAAAUGGUUCAAGGACGGAAAACUUCUGGUUUCCUCCAGAAAAUUCAAAAUAGAGACCGUGGGCAAAACCCGGCGCCUGGUUAUAGAGCAGCUGGAGAAGAAGGAUGCUGGGGAAUACAUCUGUGAGGCUGCGGGCCAGAAGAUGACAUUCAAACUGGAACCAACUGAACCAGAGGCUAAAUUUGAAAAGAAAGUUGUCCAGAAAGAACCCCUCGUUGUUCAAGAACAUGAGAGCAUCACACUGACAACCUCAGUGACGCCUGAAACUGCUGCAGUGAAGUGGCUCAAGGACGGGACAGAAAUCAAGGCGAGCAAGAAAUGUGUGAUCAAGAGUGAGGGGGCAUCCAGGACCCUGGUGGUGAACCUGGCUGAGAGCACAGACACUGCUGUCUACACCUGCCAGACCAGGAAUGACAAGCAGGAGUUCAAAGUGCAGGUGAAAGAAAUCCCGGUGAAGUUCGCCAAGAAGCUGGAAGCUGUCAAGGCCGAGAUUGGGGGCAGUGUCUCCCUGAGCUGUGAGCUGAGCCACCCCCGGGGGAAGGUGACCUGGCGCAGGAACGGAGUCGAGAUCAAGCCCAGCAAACGUUUCCAGGUUCACGAGGAGGGGGUCAAACGGACCCUGACAAUAACAGGGAUCCGGGCUGAGGAUGAGGGGGAGUAUUCCUGUGAGUCCAGAGACGACAAGAGCAGCAUUGCCAUCACCCCCAAAGCUCCCAGAGUGGUGAAAUUCGUCACCAGCCUCAACAGCGUGGUGUCUGAGGAAGGAAAAGAGGCCGUGUUCAAGUGCACCGUCUCUCCCAGCGACGCCGUGGUCACUUGGCUCAGGAACGGCGUCAAGAUUGAAGCCAGCAAGAAGUAUGUGAUCUCCCAGAAGGACACCAACCACAGCCUCACCAUCACUGACCUGACACUGGAAGAUGCAGCUGAAAUCUGCGCCAGUGCUGAGGGUGUGGAGAGCACAGCCAACCUCAGAGUCCGAGAGGCCUCAAUCUCGUUCAAGAAGAAACUGGAGCCCAAAACAGUUGAAGAGAGGGAGACAGUGACCUUGGAGGUGGAGCUGACCAAGCCUGCAGAGGUGAAGUGGAUGAGGAACAGCAUCGUGCUGAAGCCCAGUGACAAGAUAGAGAUCAAAGCUGAGGGAACAAAGCACACCUUGGUGGUGAAGGACAUCUCCUUUGCAGACAGGGGCUUCUACUGCUGUGAGAGCCCUGAUGACAAGACCCAAGCCAAGAUCAACGUGGAAAUGAGGCAGAUCAAGCUGGUGAAAGGCCUUCAGCCCCUGGAAGUUGCUGAGAAAGGCACUGUCACCUUCGAGGUGGAGGUGUCACAUGAGGACGUGGAAGGGACCUGGCAGAGGGAUGGAGUUCGGCUCAAACCCGCACCCAACGUCAGCUUUGGCGUCCUGGGCAAGAAACACUCACUGACUCUUUCCUCGGUGGCCCUUGAGGAUGCAGGGGUCAUCUCCUUCAAGGCAGAAGGCAUCAAUUCAUCAGGGAGACUCACUGUGACAGAAUUGCCUGUGAGAAUUAGCAAACCUCUGGUGGAUGUCAGUGUGACUCAGAAACUCAAGGCCACAUUUGAGUGUGAGCUGUCCAGGCCCAACGUGAAUGUGAAGUGGUUCAAGGAUGGGAAGGAGAUCCGUCAAAGUCAAAACGUGGGGUUUGUUUCCCAGGGAAAUAAGAGAAGCCUCAUUAUUCACAAGUGUGAAUAUGAAGACCAGGGAACCUACAGCUGUCAAGCAGCUGAAGACAAGACAUCAGCUACUCUAAAGGUUCAUGCCCGAGAUAUCAAGAUUGUAAAGCCACUGGAAGAUGUGGAAGUGAAUGAAUAUGAGAGUGCAUCCUUUGUCUGUGAGAUUUCACAUGAUGAGGUCGAAACCCAGUGGUACAAAAACGACAACAAGCUGAAGACUUCAGACAAUAUCAAAAUGCGACAGGAUGGGAAGACCUACUCGCUGACCUACGCCCGUGUCCAGGUGGAGGAUGCGGCAGAGAUCAAAUUUGUGGCAGAAAAGGCAGAAUCUCACGCUCAGCUGACCGUGAAAGAGCUGCCUGUAAAAAUAGUGAAGCCUCUGAGAGACAAGAUCGCCCUCGAGAAGCACCGGGGGUUCCUGGAGUGCCAAGUGUCCCGUGCCAACGCCAAGGUCCGGUGGUUCAAACGGGACGUGGAAAUUCACCCCAGCGACAAAUACGAGAUCGUGAGCGAAGGCGUCUACAGGAAACUCAUCAUCAAUGACGCCGACUACGAGGAUGAGGACACCUACACCUGUGAUGCCUUUGAUGACAAAAGCAGUGCUAACUUCUUUGUUGAAGAGCAAGCCAUUAAUAUCGUGAAGGAGUUGUGUGAUGAGGAUGUGACUGAGCCUGAAGAAGCCAAUUUUGAAUGUGAGACAUCCAUUCCAUCCGUGAAACCCGCCAAGUGGUUUCUACGUGGAGAAACUUUACAGCCUGGCAGAAACUUCAUCAUGCAGCAGGAAGGCACCAUCCACAGGCUGACAAUAGUGAAAACAAGUGCUGAUAUGACAGGAACCAUCCAGUUCUCCAUUGGCAAAUCAAAAUCCACAGCAAACCUGCUUGUCAGAGAUUACCACAUACAGAUCACCAGGAAGCUGGAGGACAAGACCGUCCUGGAGAAACACUCGGCCGUCCUGUCCUGUGACUUCAGGCCCUCUCCAAAGAUUGUGAAGUGGUUCAAGGACCACGUGCUCAUCGAGCCCUCUGAGAAGUACAAGAUCAAGCGGGAGCAAUACUCAGCAGAGCUCAAGAUCUUGAAGGUGAAGCCUGAAGAUGCCGGAAUGUACAAGUGCCGGGCUGGGAACGCAGAGACCAGAGCCACGCUCACCGUCGAAGCCCGGAACGUGGAAGUCCUCAAACACCUGCAGGACGUGGAAAUUGAGGAAGACAGCUCUGCCGUGUUCUCCUGCGAGCUGUCCCACGACGACGAGGACGUGGAGUGGUUCCUCAACGGCACCCUCCUCUACACCAACAACUUCAACGACAUCAAGAACGUUGGCAAGGUCUACACGCUGACCAUGAAGCAGGUGAAGCCUGAGGACGCUGGCACGGUGACAAUGAAGUCAGACAAGGUGUCAGAGAGCGUGAGGCUGAAGGUCAUAGAGAAACCUGCUGUCUUCAUGAAAGCCUUGGAUGACGUUUUUGGUGAGGAGCGAGGUGUGAUUAAACUGGAAUGCGAAGUCUCCAAAGAGAAGGUCAAACCUGUUUGGAAAAAGGAUGGUGUGAAGAUCCCUUCUAGUAACAAGUACGAGGAGAUACAGUCUGGGAAGACCCUGUGCCUCCUUAUCCAUGACCUUGAAAAGACAGAUGCAGGUUUAUACACCUGUGACAUUGGCACUGAUGUUGCCAAGUCAAAGGUCAGCGUUCAGGAACUGAACAUCGGCAUCACCAAACGGCUGAAGAACACCGAAAUCCAGCUGGGAGAGGACUGCACCUUUGAGUGCAUUUUGUCCCACGAGAGCAUCGAUGACUUCAGCUGGACGCUGAAUGGGAGAAAAGUGGAGAGUGGGGGGAGGUUUAAAGCCUCCAACGCGGGUCGGAAAUACACCCUCAGCAUCCAAAGGGUGACUCCCGACGAUGCCGGGGAGGUCGUGUUCACUGCCCGAGGUCUGACCUCCAAGGCUUCUCUGGCUGUGAAAGAGAAACCAACUGAGGUUACAAAACAGCUGGAGGAUAAAAUAUCACAAGCAGGGCAGGACAUCAACCUGAGCUGUGAACUGUCCAAACCUGAUGUGAACAUCAGGUGGUACAAGGAUGGCAAAGCAAUCCGAAAAAGCCAAAAAUACGACUUGCAGCAAGAGGGAACACGGGCCAUCCUGAUCAUCCAUGACUCCACGGUCAAGGACAGUGGGGAAUACACCUGUGAGACAGAGAGCUCCAAAACAACAGCCAGGAUCACAGUGCAAGAAAAACCCAAUUAUUUUGUCAAGGAGCUUUCAGACCUGAAGGUCGAUGAGAGCGGAACCGCGGUUUUCACGUGCCAGAGCGAGAGACCUGCAUCCUCUGUGGUCUGGAGGAAAGGCAUCGCCGAGCUCAGGGCCGGCAGGAAAUAUGAGAUGACACAGAAAGGGCAAGACCUCCAGCUGACCAUAAAGAACCUGGAGAAAAGUGACAGUGACACUUACAGCUGUGACAUUGGUGACGCCCAGUCCAGAGCCAAGCUGGUCGUGCAAGGCCAGAAAGUGCUAAUAACAGAAGACCUGGAAGAUGUCACUGUGUUAGAAGGAGAAUCUGCCACGUUCAAGUGCAGAAUCUCUCCCGUAGACUGUAGCAAAGUGCAGUGGUUUUUGGAUAAGACCCCACUCCAUACCAAUGAACUUAAUGAGAUCCAGUCCCAGCCUGGGGGAUAUCACCUGCUAACGCUGAGAAAGCUCUCACUGAAGGACUCGGGGGUCAUUACAUUUGAAGCUGGUGAUAAGAAAACAUCUGCCAGUUUGGUUGUGAAAGAAAAGCCACUCCUUUUCAAGCAAGAGCUCCAAAACGAAGAGGCUAAAGAAGGAAAACAGGUCAAGCUGACCUGCGAGCUCAGCAAACCCGGUGCCCCAGUGAAAUGGAUGAAGGGAGACACUGUCCUCCAUGCCAGUGAGAAGUAUGAAUUUAAGCAGCAUGGAACUGUGGCAGAGCUCAUUAUCCGAGACCUCAAACCCACAGAUGCUGGGGAAUACACCUGCAGCUCUGGGGAGCUCAAAACCACUGCCCGGGUGAAAGUGAACGCUGUGCCUGUCCUUUUUAAACAAGCCCUGGAGAACACGGAUAUGGAAGAAGGGAAAUCCGUCUCCUUGCGCUGCGAACUCACAAAAGCCGAUGCCACGGUGGUGUGGAAGAAGGGAGGAGCCACGCUCCAGGCAAGUGCCAAAUAUGAAAUGAAGCAGAAGGGGACAGUGGCAGAGCUGGUGAUUCAUAAUGCAGAGCCAGAAGAUGCGGGAAGAUACACCUGUGACACUGGAGACCAGCAGAGCACAGCCCAAGUCAAAAUCCAUGCUGCCUCUGUGCUCUUCAAGGAAGAGCUGAAGCCCGUGGAAGCUGUGGAAGGUGGGACAGCCACCCUGCAGUGUCAGCUGAGCAGAGAGGCCCCCGUGGAGUGGAGGAAGGGGCAAACUCUUCUCCGGCCAAGUAACAAGUACAAGAUGAGGCAGGAGGGCACAGUGGCUGAGCUGCUGAUCCAUGAUCUGGACCCAAAGGAUGCUGGAGACUAUUCAUGUCUAGUGGGGAGCCAAAAAACCACGGCAGCCUUGUCAGUGAAUGCCCUGCCAGUGCGUUUCAAAAAGGAGCUGAGGAACGAGGAGGCCACGGAGAGCGGGACGGCGACGCUGCAGUGCGAGCUGAGCCGGCCCGGGGGCUCGGUCCAGUGGAGCAGGGAUGGGAAGGUGCUGGAGCCAAAUGGAAAGUACAAAAUGAGACGGGAAGGGCGCUUUGUUGAGCUGGUUAUCCAAGACCUGGACUUGGCGGAUGCCGGGAGCUACACCUGCACAUGUGGAGACCAGAAGACAACGGCUGCCCUGAGAGUGAAUGCCUUGCCUGUCCUCUUCCAAGAAGAACUGACAAACAAGGAAGCUACAGAGGGGGAGGCAGUGACUUUACACUGUAAACUGAGCAAAUCGGCCCCAGUCGAGUGGAAAAGGGGGAAUGUGGUCCUCAAGCCAAGUGAAAAAUACAAAAUAGAGCAGGAAGGUCCCUUUGCAGAGCUGAGGAUCCAGGAUUUGGGACUGGCAGAUGCUGGUGAUUACCACUGUGUGUGUGGAGACCAACAGACCACGGCUGCUUUGACAGUAAAUGUCCUGCCUGCUCUUUUCACCAAAGAACUGACAGACCAAGAAGCCACUGAAGGUAAAAGUGUCUCCCUGCACUGUGAGCUGAACAAGGCAGCUGCCAAGGUGGAGUGGAAGAAAGGAUUCAAGACCCUCAAGCCAAGUGACAAAUACAAAAUGAAACGGGAAGGUGUCACUGCCGAGCUCACAAUCCAGAACCUGGACACGGCGGACGCUGGGAAUUACUCCUGCGUGUGUGGGGACCAGCAGACCAUGGCAGUUCUGACAGUUCAUGCUCUGCCUGCAUAUUUCAAAGAAGGGCUGAAGAACAGGGAGGCCACAGACGGUGGAACAGCCACCCUGCACUGCCAGCUCAGCAAGGUCGGGGUCCCCGUGGAGUGGAAAAAAGGGGACAAGACACUCAAACCCAGUGAAAAGUUCAGGAUGAGACAAGAAGACACGGCUGCAGAGCUGCUGAUCCGAGAUCUGGAGGUGGAAGACACAGGAGAAUAUACCUGUGUGUGUGGAGAGCAGAAGACCUCAGCUGUCUUGACAGUCCACGCUUUGCCUGCCCUGUUCAAAAAGGAUCUUGUCCCUGUGGAAGCCACGGAAAGCGGGGCGGCUGUUCUGCAGUGUGAGCUGACCAAACCCGCCCCAGUGGAGUGGAGGAAAGGGCAGGAGGUGCUGCAGCCUAGUGAGAAGUACAAAAUGAGGCUGAAGGACACCGUUGCUGAGCUGACAAUCCAUGGCCUGGAGGAACAGGAUGCAGGAGAUUACACGUGUGUGUGUGGAGACAAGGCAACCACAGCUUCCCUGACAGUGCAUGCCCUCCCUCCACGUUUCAAAGAGGAGCUGAGGAAUGUGGAAGGCACAGAAAAAGGCACGGCCACUUUCCGCUGCGAACUGAACAAGCCCGGAGCCGCCGUGGGGUGGAGGAAAGGAGACACAGCCCUGGGGACAGGUGACAAAUUCACCAUGAGAUGCCAGGGCACGAUUGCUGAGCUGGUGAUCCGUGAUUUGGAUCUGGCAGAUGCCGGGGAUUACACGUGCUGCUGUGGAGAUCAGAGAACCACGGCCGCGCUGAGAGUGAACGCCUUGCCUGUGCACUUCAAGAAGGAGAUGACAAACGAGGAAGCCACAGAAGGUGGAACAGCCACUCUGCAGUGUGAACUGUCCAGACCUGCCCCCGUGGAGUGGAAAAGGAAGCACAAGGUGCUCAAACCGAGUGAAAAAUACACUGUGAGGCAGGAAGGCACCACAGCACAGCUGCUGAUCCACGCUCUGGAGGUCAAGGAUGCUGGGGAAUACACCUGUGUGUGUGGAGAGGAGAAGACAACUGCAGCACUGACAGUGCAUGCCCUCCCUGCCCUCUUCAAAGAGGAACUGAGAGAUGAGGAGGCCGAGGAGGGCAAAGCGGUGACUCUGCGCUGCGAGCUGACCAAACCCGCCCCGGUGGAGUGGAGAAAGGGACACACGGUGCUCAGACCCAGUGAGAAGUACAAAAUGAGGCAGAAGGAUGUCACUGCAGAGCUGGUGAUCCAGAGCCUGGCUGAGAGUGAUGCUGGUGAUUACACCUGUGUGUGUGGGGACAAGGAGUCCACAGCUGCCUUGGCAGUGCACGUGCUGCCUGCAGGGAUCAGGGAGAGCCUGAAGGACCAGGAGGUGACAGAGGGUCAAGGGGCCACUCUGUGCUGUGAGCUGACCAAGGCUGCCCCAGUGGAGUGGAGAAAGGGCAGCACUCUGCUCAGAGCCAGUGACAAGUACAAGAUGAGGCAGGAGGGCACAGUCAUGAAGCUGCUUAUCCAUGAUGUGGAGCUGAAAGAUGCUGGAGAAUACACGUGUGUGUGUGGAGAGCAGGAGACAACAGCUGCCUUGAUAGUGCAUGCCCUGCCAGCACUUUUCAAAGAAGGCCUGAAGGACCUGCAAGCCCUGGAAAGCCAAACAGCCACUCUGCGCUGUGAGCUGACCAAGGCUGCAGCUGUGGCGUGGAAGAAAGGGAAUAAAAUGCUCAGGGCAAGUGAAAAACACAUCAUGAGGCAGGAGAGUGGCCUUGCUGAGCUGGAAAUCCGUGACCUGGAGCUGCAGGAUGCAGGAGAUUACACCUGUGUGUGUGGAGACCAGCACACCACGGCGUCUCUGGCAGUGAAUGCCCUGCCAGUGCUUUUCAAGGAAGAACUGAAGAGUGAAGAAGCCCAGGAAGGAGCAUCAGUCACUCUGAGUUGUGAAUUAACCAAAGAAGCUCCAGUGAAGUGGAAAAUUGGGCCCAAAGUGCUGAAAGCAAGUGACAAAUAUCAAAUGAGACAGUCUGGCACCACUGCAGAGCUGGUCAUUCAUGACCUAGAAGUAAAAGAUGCUGGAGAUUACACCUGUGUGUGUGGUGACCAGAAGACAACAGCAACCUUGGCAGUUCAUGCUCUGCCCCCACUCUUUAAGGAAGAGCUCCAGGACAAGGAAGCAGGAGAAGGUGGAGAAGUCGCCCUGCACUGUGAGCUCACCAGGGCUGCUCCAGUGCAGUGGUGGAAGGACCAGAGGAUGCUCAAAGCGAGUGAGAAAUACAAAAUGAGGCAGGAAGGGACCAAGGCAGAGCUGGUGAUCCAUGAAAUAGCUGAGGAGGAUGCAGGAGGCUACACCUGUGUGUGUGGGGAGCGCCGGAGCACAGCUGUCCUGACAGUCCAGGCUGUGCCUCCAUUUUUCCAAGAAGAAAUGACCAGCAAGGAAGCAGUAGAAGGUGGAAUGGCCACUUUUCAGUGUGAGCUCAGCAAGGCAUCUGCCCCUGUGCAGUGGAAGAAGGGCCACCAGAUCCUCACCUCGGGCAAGAAGCACAGCAUGAGGCAGGAAGGCCGUGUUGUGGAGCUGGUGGUUCAUGACUUGGACCUGGAUGACAGUGGAGAUUAUACCUGUGUGUGUGGAGACAAGAGCACCACAGCUGCCUUAACAGUGCAUGCACUGCCUCCAGAAUUCAAGAGAGGCCUGAAGGACCUUGAGGCCGUGGAAAAUGGCACAGCUGCUCUGCACUGCGAGCUGACUAAACCUGCUGUGGUGGAGUGGAAGAAAGGGCAGGAGGUGCUCAAGGCAAGCAGCAAGUAUCAAAUGAGCCAAGAAGGUGCUGUUGCAAAGCUGAUUAUCCGUGAGCUGGAAGUGGAGGAUGCUGGAGAUUACACCUGUGUGUGUGGAGACCAGCAGACAACUGCCACUCUGACAGUCAACGCCCUACCAGCACUUUUUAAACAAGAGCUCCAGGACACCGAGGCAGAGGAAGGUGGCACAGCCACACUGAGGUGUGAGCUGACCAAAGCCAAGGCUCCAGUGGAGUGGAGGAAAGGGGAUGUCACCCUUUACCCUGGUUUGAAAUAUGAGAUGAAGCAGCAGGGCUGCACCGCUGAACUGGCCAUUUCUGACCUAGAACUGGAUGAUUCAGGAAUAUACACCUGUGACUCUGGACACCAGCAGACAACAGCUGUGGUGACUGUACAUGCACUGCCUGUCACCUUUAAGCAACCCCUGCAGAAUCAGGAAUCCGAGGAGGGAAGCACAGCCACGUUCUGCUGUGAGCUGUCGAAACCCAAAGCUGCUGUGGAGUGGAGGAAAGGAGGAGUGGGGCUGCAGCCCAGCCAGAAAUAUGAAAUGAGGCAGAGGGAAUGCCUGGUAGAGCUCUUGAUUCAUAACCUCAAAUUAGAAGAUACAGGAGAGUACAGCUGUGACACUGGGGAUGAGGAAACCAAGGCAGCUUUAAAUGUGAAAGCUCUGCCAGUUCUUUUCAAAAAGCAGCUCAAAGAUGAGGAGGCAGAAGAAGGAGCUGCGGUGAAAUUCCAGUGUGAGCUGACGAAGGAUAACGCAGCAGUGGAGUGGAGGAAAGGCACCAUGGAGCUCUUCCCAUGUGCCAAAUAUGACAUUAAAUUAAGUGGCCACACAGCUGAACUUGUGAUUCACAGUGUGGAGCCAGAGGAUGCUUCUGAUUACACGUGUGACACGGGAGACCAGCAGAGCACUGCAGUCCUCAGAGUGCAUGCCACCAAACCCCGGCUGAGGCAGCAGCUGAAGAACGAAGAGGUGGAAGUGGGGGGGACAGCCAGGCUGCGCUGCGAGAUCUCCAUCAGCAAGGCAGAGGUGGAGUGGAGGAAGGACGGAGCUGUCCUGCACCCCAGCUCCAAGUACGAGAUGUGGCAGGACGGGACCCUCCGGGAGCUCCGCGUUCACCGCCUGGAGCCUGGAGAUGCCGGGGAAUAUUCCUGCAAGGCUGGAGACGAGAUGACCUCUGCCAAACUGACAGUGAAAGAGCCCGAGGUGACCAUCGUGAGCGGCCUGAAGGACACGGAGGUGUUCGAGGGGGACGACGUCACGUUCCGGUGCCAGGUUUCCCACGAGAACGCCAGGGAUGUGGAAUGGAAGCUGCAGGAUGUCGCCCUGCAGAACAACGAGAUGAACGAGAUCUCGGUGGAGAAAGGGAAGGUUCACACCCUGACCCUGAGGAAGGUGACUGAGCAGGACAUUGGCACCGUCACCUUCCGGGUGGGAUGUCACACGUCCACGGCAGAGCUCACGGUGAAAGUGCCACCUCCAGUAUUUAAGGAGAAACUGCAGAGCCUGGAACUGCAGGAGGAAGACACAGCCGUGCUCAGGUGCCAGGUCUCCCAGCCCAACGCUCAGGUGAAGUGGAAGAAGGGCACUCAGGUGAUCUCCCCGAGCUCCAAGUAUGAAAUCAGGCAGGAAGGAACAGUCCACACCUUAAAGAUUUUUCACUUAAAUGCGGAAGACUCUGGCAAAUACACCUGUGAUAAUGGAAACGAACAAACGACAGCCACUGUAACUGUUAAAGCUUUGCCUGUAACCUUCACACAACCACUGCAGAACCAACAGGCUGAAGAAGGUGGCACCAUCACUUUGAGCUGUGAGGUGUCGAGAUCAAACACCGCAGUGCAGUGGAAGAAGGGUGGGACUGUGCUGAGACCAAGUGACAAAUACAAGAUGUGUCAGGCCGGGCCCGUGGCUGAGCUGACCAUCCACAACCUGAGUGGAGCUGAUGCUGGGGAAUACACCUGUGACACAGGGGACCAGCAAACCACGGCUGUGGUGCACCUGAAAGAACCAGCAGUGACCAUAGUGGAGAUGCUGAAGGACGUCACCUCGUACGAAGGGGAGGACGCGGUGUUCGAGUGCAGGCUGUCCCGGGAAACAACCCAGGAUGCCAAGUGGUUCCUGGGGGAUGUGCCCCUGCAAUCCAACGAGAUGAAUGAGAUCAGAGUCCAGGGGACACGUCACAGUCUGAUCCUGAGGAAGGUGACCCUGGAGGACUGCGGGUCCAUCAGCUUCAAAGUCGGGGAGCACACGUCGGCAGCACAGCUGAAGGUCCAAGCUGCUCCGGUCAUCUUUGUGAAGGCACUCCAGAACCUGGAGCUGCAGGAGGGUGGCACAGCUCACCUGUCCUGCGAGGUGUCCAAGCCUGACGUCCCCGUGGAGUGGAAGAAAGGCACGUCUGUGAUCCACUCCAGCCAGAAGUGCAGCAUCAAGCAGGAGGGGAAGGUGCACACGCUGGUGAUCCGCGAUCUGAACCGCGCGGACGCGGGCGAGUACAGCUGCCAGACGGCUGAUGGGAGGACCGUGGCCAGGUUGGAGGUUAAAGGCCUCCCCGUGCUGUUCAAGCACUGGCUGAAGAACGAGGAGGUGGAGGAAGGUCGCACGGCCCUGUUGUUCUGUGAGCUGACAAAGCCCAAUGCGCACGUGGAGUGGAGGAAAGGGGACACUGUUCUGCAGACAGGGGACAAGUACGAGAUCCGGCAGGAGGGGACACGUGUGGAGCUCCUCAUCUACGAUGCUGAGGCUCAGGAUGCUGGGGAGUACACGUGUGACUCGGGGGAUCAGCAGACCACGGCAUCGCUGCAAGUCAAAGUACUGCCAGUGCUGUUUAACAAAGAGCUGAGAAACGUAGAGACUGAAGAAGGGGGAACGGCUGUUUUGCACUGUGAGAUCUCCAGGCCAGACGCCCCCGUUGAGUGGAGGAAAGGAGGGGUGGUCAUUGAGCCCAGUGACAAGUACGAGAUGAAGCUGAAGGGCAGCAUAGCUGAGCUGAUCAUCCAUGGUGUAGAGCCUGAUGACUGUGGGGAUUAUACCUGCAGCACUGGAUACGAGAUCACCACGGGUUCUGUGUACGUGCAAGAAGAAGCAGCAGUGGUAGUUUCUGGUUUAAGGAACACAGACGUCUUUGUGGGCGAGUCAGCCAUGUUCACCUGCGAGCUCUCGCACCCGGGCGUGAGGAACGUGCAGUGGUGGCUCGAUGGGACCCCCCUCCACAACAACCUGGUGACUGAAAUCUCUGAGCAGGACGGGAGGAUCCACACUCUGACCCUGAAUGACGUGGCCUGCCACGACUCAGGCACUGUCACCUUCAGGGCUGGGUCCCUUAUAUCUUCAGCUAAAUUAUUAGUCAAAGAUCCCACCAUUGAAGUGGUCAGUCCCAUGCAGGACAUAACUGUUGAUGAAGAUGGCCCAGCAGAGUUCAUAUGCCAAUAUUCUAGGCCAGUGCACGCCAUCUGGAAGAAAAAUGAUCAGGAAAUACAUGCAGAUGGUCAGCGAGUGAUUAUCGAUCAGGACUGGAAUGUGAGCAUGCUAAAAAUUAACCCUACGGUCCCAGAAGACACUGGCAUCUAUUCUUGUGAAGCUGGAGGCACUAAAGUGAUGGCUACACUUGAUGUUCAAGCCAAGAACAGCAUCAUCCAGGGCUUGGAGAACGUGGAAGCCGUGGAAGGAGGGGAAGCCCUGUUCGAGUGUUACCUCUCCAAGCCCGAGACCUACAAUUACAACUGGCUGAUUGACGACGAACCUGCCAAGACCACAGAGAACACCGAGAUGGUUUACUUUGAAAAUGGGCUCAGGCACAUCCUGCUGAUGAAGAACCUCACCCCCCAGGACAGCUGCAGGGUGACUUUCAUGUGCAGCGACGCGGUGACCUCGGCCUUCCUGACAGUGAAAGGAUGGCGCCUGCAGUUCUUGCAGCCUCUCAAGGAUGUGGAAGUCUCUGUGGGGGAGAAAGCCACAUUUAGCUGUGUUCUGAGUGAAGCUGUGCCCAUUAAUGAAGUGGCCUGGUAUAGCAAUGACGUAGAGAUCCAGUUGGGUGAGGACUGGGAGGUACAAGCAGAUGGAAACAAAUACAAACUUAUUCUGAAAAAAGCCCAGCUGCACCAUUCUGGAGAGGUGACCUUUGCUUCCAGGGAAGCAAUUUCAUCAGCCAAGCUUUCUGUGAUAGAACCUCCAGUUACAGUCACCCAGCCUUUGGUGGGAGGAUCAGUCACAGAAGGGGGGGUGGCUCGCUUGCAGUGCACAUUAUCCAGCAAAACUGAGGAAAAAGUGACGUGGUUCAAAGGAAAAGAACAAAUAAAAGCUGGAGGGAGAUACGAGAUCCUCUCUGACGGGAAAAAGCAGACGCUCAUUAUUCAUGGGUUCAGACCUGAAGACCAGGACACCUACACCUGCAUGGCUUCCCCUGAAGUCAAAUCUGUUGCCAGCCUGAGCCUUGAAGUGCCCACGGCGACGAUGCUAAAGGAGAUUGCCAGGGAAGCACCCCCUGCAAGCCAGCCAGGGGAGCUGGUGGACGGCCAAGUCCAGCCCAGCUUGCCCCCUGAGGCUGCUCAGGAGGGAGAUCUUCACCUCCUGUGGGAAGCCCUGGCCAAGAAGCGCCGGAUGAGCCGGGAGCCCACCUUGGAUUCCAUCAGCGAGGUGCCUGAAGAGGACCUUGAGAGGCUGCAGAAGCUGAGGAAGGAGGAAGCAGAGAUGUCCCACUACUACUCAGAGGAGUAUUCCACGUGUGACGAGCUGGCCAGGACGGGAGAAGCCGAUUUCUCUUUCACAAGCUCAGAUGAUGAGUCCAGAGCUGGGACACCCUCACUGGUGAACUACCUAAAAAAGAAAGCUGGGAAGACGAGUAUCAGUGUUACCAGCAAGGUUCAGUCCACCUCCACAGGCAAAUUAUGGAAGCAGUGGGAGAAAUCCAGUGUGGAGACUGCUGUGACCACCACAGCUGCCAAACCAGCUGAACCAGAGCUGCCAGACUUAGAUGACCCUUCCAUGAACAGGGCUGCUGUGAAGAUCCAAGCCGCUUUCAAAGGCUACAAAGUCAGGAAGGAGAUCAAGCAGCAAGAGUGCCCCGUGUUUGCCGAGACCUUCAAAGACUUCUCUGGCGAGCCUGGAAGCACUCUGCACCUGGAGUGUGUGGCCCACAGCAAAUCUGACAUGAAGGUCCGGUGGCUGAAAGACGGGCAGGAGCUUUCGGACGGCCGCUACUACCACAUAGACAACUACAGCGACGGGACCUGCUCGCUGAUCAUCGCCGGCCUGGACAGGAAGGACGCGGGAAAAUACACCUGCGAGGCAUCCAACAAAUUCGGCAAGGUUUCCCACAGCGCCAAGGUGGUGGUUGGCGCUCAGGAGGCUCAGGUGCUUCCUAAGAAGCAGGCGAAGCAGAGCACGGACAGCGAGACGGAGAGCUCGUCCGGCAGCGAGCUGGACGACGCUUUCCGUAAGGCAGGGAGGAGACUCCACAGGCUCUUCAGGGCCAAGAUCUCCACGGAGAUCUCUGACGUGGAGGAGGAGCUCUUUGUCAGCGCGGACGAGGGGGACAUCGACGUGGUGGACCACCAGACGUACCGGGAGGACGACCAGUACAUCUACAUCAAGUUCGAAGUCUUGUCCGAGGCCAAAACGGCCGCCACUCGGUUCAGGGAGAUGUUUGGGGCCCUGGGGAUCCCCGUGGAGAUCGAUAUUUUGGAGCAAGGCCCUAAAAAGGUUGAACUGCGCAUUGGGAAGGCCUCACCACCCACCUUUGGGAAGUUUGCACCACCCAUAGCGAGACCUCCGCCGCCUUUGCUGACUUCUGACACAGCUCCCAUGUUCAUGACUGAGCUCCAGAACCAGGAGGUCCAGGAUGGGUACCCAGUGAGCUUUGACUGCAUCGUCAUCGGCAAACCGCUGCCCACGGUCCGCUGGUUCAAGGAUGGGAAAGCUAUCGAGGAGAACGACCACUACAUGAUCAAUGAGGACCAGGAGGGGUGUCACCAGCUCAUCAUCACCGCCGUGGUCCCCACUGACAUGGGCGUUUACCGUUGCCUGGCUGAGAACAACAUGGGAGUGGCUUCAACCAAGGCUGAGCUUCGGGUGGACUUGACCAGCACUGACUAUGAGACAGCAGCAGAUGCAACAGAGACAUCCUCUUACUACAGUGCCAAAGAAUAUAUUUCAAGCCGAGAGCAGGAGGAAUCCACCACCGAGGAGGAGCAACUGCCCCAGAUCUUUGAUGAGCUUCAUGACAUUCAUGUGGCACCUGGAGCAUCACUGGCUAAAUUUCACCUGAAGGUCAAAGGGUACCCACAGCCUCGUCUCUACUGGUUCAAGAAUGGGCAGCCCCUGAAGGCCUCUGAUCGCAUCCUGAAGACUGACAGGCAGGAAUUCCACUCCCUGGAAAUUCGGGAUGUCACCAAGGCAGAUGCUGGGCAGUACCUGGUCUUCGUCAUCAACUCUGCUGGCUCUGCCUAUUCCUCAGCCAGGCUGGUGGUCAAAGAUCCUUAUGAGAAAGAGGAGCCAUCCAAAACAGAUUCCCAUGAGCAGCUGAUACCACCGAGGUUCCUUGAAAGAUUUACUAAUAAAAAGGUGAAAAAAGGUGCAAGCAUCACAUUAUCUGUGAAAGUGGAAGGACAUCCACCCCCAAGUAUUACUUGGAUGAAAGAGGAGUCCCGGAAAGACAUCCUGUGGAUCAAACCAGACACCCCUGGGUAUAAACUUGCCAGUUCCAACAUGCACCACAGCCUGAUCCUGCUGGAUGUGAAGAAGAAGUACAGUGGAGCUUACACGUGCAUUGCCACCAACAAGGCUGGCCAGUCCAUCUGCACGGCCAACCUGGAGGUUGCAGAUGUGAAAGAGGCUGAAGUUCUGACCCAGGAGAGGGUGAUGGUGUCCGAAGCCAUCAUGACCACACUGGGAGCUAUUCAUCCCUCUGAAGCAAGAGAAGGAGACCUUGAAGGAAAGGAAGGUGUUCCCAAAAGCCCUAUUUCAUUAGCUGAUGUUGGCUCAGAAGAGUUCUUCCAGAAACUCACCUCACGGAUCUCGGAAAUGGUGUCUGCAAAAAUAACUCAGGCCAAGCUUCGAGUGCCAGGUGCAGAAAGUGAUGAUGAUUCAAAAACUCCCUCUGCAUCUCCUCGCCAUGGACGGUCCAGACCUUCAUCCAUAGCUCAGGAAUCCUCCUCUGAGUCUGAAGAUGGGGAUUCCAGAGGAGAGAUCUUUGAUGUCUACAUGGUCACUGCUGACUAUGUCCCUGCUGCACCUGACAGGGAAACCAUCACCCUGAAGGAAGGACAAUACGUGGAAGUCCUUGAUUCAGCUCAUCCUCUCAAGUGGCUGGUCAGGACUAAACCCACGAAAUCGAGUCCCUCUCGGCAGGGUUGGGUGUCUCCAGCUUAUCUGGACAAGAAAUUAAAGUUGUCACCAGAGUGGGGGACAACAGAAAUCCCUGAGUUUCCUGGAGAGUUUGUUUCUGAAGAUGAAUAUAAAAGGAAGCUGAGUGUUCUCAUCCAGGAGCUGCUGAUCUCAGAGGAGGAUUACAUUCAGGACCUGCAGUUCCUCCUGACUCAUCACCUCAAGUACACAGAGACCUGUCCCAACGUCCCAGGAGCUGUAGCCAGUCAGAAAUCCACCAUCUUCAGGAAUAUUGAUGACAUUGGUCACUUCCAUUCCAGUGUCUUCCUCCGGAGCCUGCAGGGCUGUGACACUGAUGAUGACGUGGCCAUGUGCUUUAUCAAGCACGAGGCAGAGUUUAACAGGUACAUCCAGUACCUGGUGGGAAGGGUACAGGCUGAGUCUGUUGUUGUCAGCAAAGCUGUCCAGGACUUCUACAAGAGAUACACAGAUGAAUUUGAAACUAAUGAAGAUCCUUCACAGCCACUUAUCCCACCACUGCAGCACUACCUGGAAAAACCCAUAAACAGGAUCCAGCAGUAUCAGACAAUAAUUAAGGAAUUAAUCCGAAACAAAGCAAGAAACAGCCAAAACUGCACCUUGCUGGAACAGGCUUAUGCUGUGGUGUCUGCACUGACCCGGAGGGCAGAGAACAACCUCCAUGUCUCGCUGAUUGAGAAUUAUCCAGGGACCCUGGAGAGCCUUGGUGAACCCAUCCGGCAGGGCCACUUCAUUGUGUGGGAAGGAGCUCCAGGAGCUAGAAUGGCAUGGAAAGGACACAAAAGACACGUUUUCCUCUUCAAAAAUUACCUUGUGAUCUGCAAACCAAAGCGAGACACAAAGACAGACACCUACAGUUACAUCUUCAAGAACAUCAUGAAGCUGAACAACAUAGAUGUGAACGACCUGGUGGAAGGGGACGACCGGGCGUUUGAGAUCUGGCACGAGCGGGAGGACCUGGUCCGCAAGUACCUGCUCCAGGCACGGACCGUGAACAUCAAGAACUCCUGGGUGAAGGAGAUCUGUGGAAUACAGCAGCGGAUCAGCGAGCCAAUCUGGAUACCUCCAGACUUCGAGGAAGAACUGGCAGAUUGCACGGCUGAGCUGGGAGAGACAGUCAAGCUGGCCUGCAAAGUGGUGGGAGCUCCCAGACCAUCCAUCAGCUGGUACAAAGAUGGAAAGCCAGUGGAGGUGGAUCCCCAUCACAUUAUAAUAGAAGAUCCCGACGGUUCCUGCACGUUGAUCUUGGACAAUCUGACAGGUGCUGACACAGGACAGUACAUGUGCUUUGCUUCCAGUCCUGCUGGAAAUGCCAGUACCUUGGGAAAGAUCCUUGUUCAAGUGCCACCAAGGUUUGUGAACAAGGUCAGAAAUGCUUAUUUUGUGGAGGGUGAAGAUGCCCAGUUCACCUGUACUGUGGAAGGAGCACCAAGGCCUCAAAUCAGAUGGUACAAAGAUGGGGUGCUGAUAAAGGACACAAGUAAAUACCAGGCUUUCAGUGAACCACGGAGUGGCAUCGUGGUCCUGGUGGUCAAGAACCCUUCCAAUGAAGACAUGGGACACUAUGAAUGUGAGCUGAUGAACAGAUUAGGGUCUGCAAAAAGUGGAGCAGAGCUUUACCACCACAGUGCUGCAGCCCUGACCCAGGAGAGGAGAGGAGACCAAGCCAUCACCAUCGAAGUCACUGAACAAGAGACUAAAGUGCCCAAGAAAACCAUCAUCAUAGAGGAAACCAUAACCACUGUGGUGAAGAGCCCAAGACAAAGGGGAAGGGUUUCUCCUGCUCGUUCUCCCUCUGGUCAUUCACCUUCCCGCUCCCCGAGGGCGGAGCCGACUCCAGAGCCGGUUUUUGUCUCCAAGAUCAGGCAGCCCGUCCACAGGCAUGACCAGGAGGCAGCACCCAAGUCUGCUGUGCCCAGGCUUUACGUCACAGAACCAGAGGACAGGCAAGGAGCAGCGGCGAGAGAGGUCGUAGAGAGCAAGGUGGAGGAGAAAAAGCCCAAAUGGGUUGAAGUGGAAGAAAUAAUUGAAUUCAAGGUGAAAAAAUCGCCAAAACCCACAAGGAAAAGAGGCUCUUCCCCAGUGAAACAGGAAAAGGAUGAGUCAGGGGUGUUGACAUUCACUUUUCCCAGCUCAAGGCCGAGGCGUUCCCCAGAAGAUGAUCCAAACACAAACAACUCCAACAAUAAGUUGGUGGAACAGUCAAAAUCUCUGCCCAGUGAGGGGCUCUCUGAAGGUGACAUCCAGCCCCUGGUGUACACAACCGAGCAGGAAGGGCCUCAGGUCAGCAACGAAGACAGAAACUCCCCGUGUGGGUCUGAGCAACUAGGAAAUGAUUCAUUUGUGGAUGGUGGAACCGAAGGAAAGAGCUUCCCGCAGGAAGCAAGUGCUGACUGUGGAUCAGACGCCGCCUGCCCGCUGCUCGCCUGCAGGGGGGAGCCUUUGGUCUUCAGUUUUGAGGCAGCUGCUGGAGACCAGCACGAACUUGUGUUCUCCCUGGAGAGCCCAGAGGUUAAGGAGGAGGUGGAUGAACCGGAUGUGUCUUGGCCUGUGGAUGAGGGGGUUGCUGAAGUGAUGCAAGAGGACAACGAGGACGACACCGUCGUCAUAGUCGACGAGCCCGAGGAGCCGCGGGCGGACGACAUCAGCACCCGGGACCGCAAGAUCUUAACCCACAACGGCAAAAUCCUAACUCUGGAGGACCUCGAGGAUUACGUCCCCCGGGAGGGCGAGACCUACAGGUGCGACGACCAGGCGCCCGCGGCGGAGCGGCCCUGCGAGAUCUCGGUGCUCCAGACGGAGAUCAACGAGCCGACCAUCGGGAAGCCGGUGCUGCUGAACCUGGGCAGGCCCGUGGUGCCCGAGCCCAGGCAGAGGUUCUUCAGCCAGUACGAGGAGCACGUCCCCGGGGGCGUGUUCGUGUCGGCGUCCCGGGUGACCCCCUCCAACAUCUCCUUCCGUGUGAGCGAUUCCCGCCCGGCGGCGGCGGCGGCUCCUCCGGGCCCUUCCUUCACGGUGAAACCCUCCUUCUGCACCGAAGUCCAGCGCUCGGCGGACAACGGCCAGUCGAGCUUUAAAACUGAAGUUUCCACCAGAACCCUCAGCUACGGGACCGUGGGCGAGCCCGUCACCUUGCACAUCAGCGCAGAAGACCUGUCCCAGAGCUGAGCCGGAUGCGAGCAUGAUUUUUAACGCAAAAAAAAAAAAGAGAAAGCGGCUUUUUGUAUAAAAAACAAUUAAAAAAAAAUAAAUAAUCAAAGUCGUCGUAGGCGAGGGGGAUUGGUGGCAAGGAUUACAAGGGAAUACCUUGGAGGAAAAUACGUUUAAGUACCAUAUGGCGAGCUUUUCCAGUCUUAAAGGGAACAGUCUGUCAGAACAGUUUGUAGCUUUAAAGGCUUUGACCGAGGUGAACAUAUAUCAUUCCAUAGUGGGGCAGAGAUGGUGGGUUUAGGAAAAGCCUGAUUCUUCUACCUAUGACAGAAGUACGAGUGGAAAAGUGCAUUUUUGUCCAUGAACUUAAAAAUCGUUUCAUGCGCCAAUUCAUGGUGUGGCAAGAAGGUGAAAAACAAGCUUUUCAGCAUCUUUCAGCAGCCCAGGAUAGGAGGAUUUUUUUCCAGCUAAAGUGUCUCCUGUCACUGUGUGGGCCCAAAGGUCAUGAAGCUUCACAUUGCUUUGACUCUGCUCUACACUUUUGACACCACUUAGCUCUACCAAAAUUUCUUCAUAAACCUUUCAACACACACAGUCUGGUUACAUUAGUCUAAACUCCUGCCACGGAAUUAAAUAUAUAUAGUAAAUAUUACAUUUACUAGGGAUGCAAAGGGCUGCUCAGGCCUUUUGGUUGACAUCCCAGUUUUACUAAAGUCAGUGGUGAAAAUCCCACUGUCAUGAGGAAACAAGAGUUUUGUUGUUCUGCUUUAAGUGAAAAAGACUAUUUUUUUUAAAUGACUGAUAUUUUCAAAUCCACUUCCUAGUUGUCUAAUAAUGUAGGCUUCAUUAUUCUGCAUUCUAGUGAAGUGGAUUUAUAUAGCAUUUAUAUACCAUAUCUUUUAAAAUAUAAUUUACUUUAUGUGCACUUAAAGGUUUAAGUGCUGCACAAAAUGAUUUCUGUGCCUGCAAUCAAGCACUAACACGUGCAGAGAAUCACAAAUGUGAUCUUAAACGAAUCACAAAUGUGGUCUUUGCCAAUAAAUAUUACUGGACUAGUAUUUCGCCUCCUGCACACGCCAGUGGUGAAACAUUCUUGCUAACAGAUGGAUGGAUGAUGUAUCCUAUACGUGCUGAGAGGAAUUUACCACUGAGCUACAACAAAGUAGCAGGAGCACAAAAAUAUAUUUAAAAGAAAAAAAAUAAGAAAAAGAGAAAAGAGAGCUUUACCAUAAAUGUUUGGUUGAAAAAUAGAUCUGUUCAAAAUGUAUUGGGUUGCCCGUUGCAGUUGCAUCGUGUUGCUGUAACCCGGAACGCUGGGAUGUCUUGUAGAGGGAUUGCUUUCUGUGGAGUUCCUCUGGAGCUCUGCAGUGGGAAUGCAGGUGGAGGGGAAGGCUGAGAUGCACUGAGCCCAUUCCUGUUGGCUCUUCCCAAAAGGGAUGUUGCACAGACCUCCAACAAGCUGCUCAGCCCUGGAAAGAAAGGAGCUCACCGGCCCAACCUUGGUGCCAGCUGAAAUCAGAUGGAGUUUGUCAUUGAUCUCAGCAGGACCAAGCGCUGGCCCUGUGGCUGGCAGAGGGGUAGGGUGAAAAAUCCCCACACUUUGUCCUAACUGAGCUCUCUACAAGUGUUGCAACAGGAAAUGUUUUCCCUUUGGUGGUGUAGGGAAACCAGAAAUGCCCGGGCACUGCUGGAUUUCCGAGCAGCCUGAGGAGGGAGGAUGGAGUGAGUUUCUGCCUUGGGAAUGUGUGUGUGGUGUUGUCUCAGUGUUUCCUGGGCAGGUAAUAUCGAGGAGCUUGUUCUGGAGUCUUGGCAAAAUAUUCCUGCUGACAGGGACUGAAUUCACAGAAGGUGCUUGCAGAAAAGAACACGUUAUCUUUUUUUCCCUUCCGUGGCUGCACCUUGAUCAUGUGCUGACUAAAAUGAACGCAGUGAUUUCACAGCCUUUCACUCUCUGCAUCCAGACAGGAUGUUGUGUGGAAUAUAACGUGCACUACCUUCAUGAUAUAGGAUGCUUUUCCAGGGGUUAUGUGUGGUGAAGGAAAUCAAGCUUCCUUUAUGGUACUCUCCCGUUUUUUUAUAACAUCUCCUUGGUUUAUACUGUUUGUUUUAUAAUCAGCAAUACAAUGGAUAUAUAUAUUAGUGCUUUUUUCAUAUAUUGCACUGUACAUUGGAAAGUAACAGACACACAACGGGGAAAUACUUUCAAAACUGGAAAUAUUUCUUUUAUAUUGGGCCUGAUUCUGAUCUCAGUUAUUCCAGUAUCAAUCUAGAAAAAUUCCACUGAAGGAAGUGGGUUUCGUUCAGAUUUACAAAGAUACUGCUGAGAAAAGAAUUCGCCCUGUGAUAAGCUUUUAAAAUACGAUAUUCAUUCAAAAGUUAAUGAAGAUGUGUAAAGGAAUGGGAGGUUUCCUCCUGUUGUGGUUGAUGCUCAGGUUUUUCUAAAGACACUAAGGCUGCAGUUCAGAUGGUCAUAGAAGAAAUAAUUAUACUUUGAUUCAUUAGCUCAAAGCAAUUAACAUCUGUUUACAUUUUCUUUUGAAAUUUAAGCAACAGAGAAUCAAUUGAAAGAAAUUUUUAAAAUCCUCUGUUCAAAAAGUGAAAGGUUUAUGAAAAGUUCAUUACAUAUACCUUCAAAAUAUUUUCCUAGAGGUUAAAAAUUAUGCUUGUAAGUGAUUAAACUCUGUAGAUAACUAAUGAGACGUGUAGGGAUUUAUUUCUUGUAGAUGAAAACAUACAGCUGUAUGAAAGAUUUUAAUACAGUGGAUGUUUUACUAAAAUUCCUGCAGGUAAAUGGGUAUUAAUAAAGUGGAAACUUCAGUUUGCUUGAGGUACAAAAAGAAAAAAAAAACACACACCAAAAAAAAAAAAAAAUCCAAUGCAAGAUACGCUGUUAAGUGCUGAGUUUAUAUCAAUAAAUGUCUUGCAUCAGCUGUCACUGAA